UAGUUCCAGGGUCUCCAGAGAAGCCGUGGGCAUCCUUAUCUCAGACCUGAACAUCAAUUUAACUAUUAACUGUGGCUAGUAAGGACUUGAUUUUGGAUUUAACUUGUUUUGUGGUGAGUUUGAACUUUAUUUUUUCUUUGUUGGGAAUGGAACCCAGGGUUUCAUACUUGUUAGGCAAGUAUUUGGUUUUGUAUUUUAGCCACUUGUUAGGCCCAGGGAAGUACAUUUUAGGGGUUUUUGUUUUUGUUUUUUAAUGGGUGCAUCAUGUGUGUGCUGUGCCCACUUCGGUUAGAAGAGGGCAUCCGAUUCCCUGGAACUGGAGUUACCAUGGGGACUUUUAACAGUGGAGCCAUCUCUCCAGCUCCCACCCCCAAUUCCAGAGGGUUCUGCUAUGAUAAUCUGUUUAGUUGGCAAAGCAGGUUGAAGUGUGUGUGUGUGUGUGUGUGUGUGUGUGUGUGUGUGUGUGUGUGUGGUGGGGGUUGUUUGUUUAAAAAGAGGGGACAGCAAAGUUCUUGUAAGCAGCAAGCCAUGAACUGUGCCAGUGUGAGGAACUGGUUGGGUAUAGCUCCUUUCAGUUCCAGCCCACAGGCUGGCAUGUCUGGGAGGAGCAGGCAUGGGGAGCGCUUAGCCUCCCCUACUAGAAGGCAGAAGGGACAUCCCAAGGAACGAGAAAGAAUGCUGUCUGCUAAGAACAGCUUCCGGAUCUGACCUCAAGACAUCCAGACCAUAGAUAGAAACUUCCCUGGAGGCCAACUUGAGUUCCAGAUUGCCACAGGAGAUCCUUGGAUGGUGCCUUCAUGACCUAUAAGGAAUCAGGGUUCAAGGGGGUCAUGCACCUUCCCCUGAAACAGGAGAUAAAAUGGGAAACUAGCAAACGGGACCUAGCAUGGGCACUGUCCGGUCAGUUCUUGUGGUUCUGUUGCUUUUCUGGGCUCUGCCAUGGAUAAAUGCAGAGCCUCAGCCCAGCUCUGCUGUUUCCAACCCCAUCCUUUCCUUGUAAAUGGUCAGGCUGCCUCCUGCAGUCUCCCCCUAUACUAAACCUGCAUCACUAAGGCCAGACUCUCAUCAGGCCUGAGUGUUGGUCUCAUUACAACUGUCCUGGGUGAACUGUCCUGGGUGUGCAGAUGAAUCCACAGUCGGAGGAGAGAAUUCUGAACAAAGUAGCAUUUCGGCCAUCGUUGUAUGAUGUCCUCUUAAAGCCAAGCUUAUCAGGAUUGUGCCAAUCAGAAAAAGAAGCCUACCAGUUAAUUCUGGAUUUUAUGGAACCAGGACAGCUGUCCCAGUUAGAAAAGUUCAGUUUCCUGAAUGCUGUGACAACACUGAGCAGUGUCGUGCGUAACCAGGCCAACGGCAACAUGAACAACUACUAUCCUAAAACUCUGCUGGCCAAGAAAAUCGAGACAUUCAUCCUGGAAGAACCCACUGAGAUCUUGGACAGUAGCGUGCGCCAGCAAGCCAUGCUCUGCAUCGUGGGCCUGAGUCAGGUGCAGCCACCUUUCCACUUAUGCCAGAAGCUGGAUCUGGUCAACACUAGCAUCACCAGCACAUUCUCCCUGCCUCUCAUCAUGCCCAGUCUCGACAGAAAGGAGAGCGCUAGUCUCUAUCUUCAGACAAUCCAGGCCUUGGAUGACAUGCUCCAAGCUCUCGUGAUAGAAGACAUGAGGCCCAACAUGGCCAUACUGCAAAGUUUUCUGGAGAUCAUCUUACCUUGGCUAGUGCUGUCAGACAAAGUGCAAGAGCAGAUCCGAGCCUUGGGCACCAUUUCUCGGCUGCUGAGGUUCAUCUGUAAUUUCUCCAACCUGUCACACAUGGCAUCGUUCUCCAUCACUGGGAAACUGAUGAGCACCUUCAGUAUCUUCUGCCUGAAUCCCAGCCAAGACAUCUGUUCCAGCGCCAUGGAGGCACUGCACUACCUGUUCAUCAUCCUCGUGCUUCAGAGAAGUAACAGACCGAAGACAGAGGCCAUCCUGAAGGACUUGCAGAAGCACUUCCGUGGAAACUGGAUAGCUAACGCGCAGAGUUUCACACUGUUCUUCAGGAAAUACCUGACCGCCGUAGAGAGAGCCGAUGUGAUUUUGGUGGCCAUGGAGUCCAUGAUCAAAGGGAGCAUGAAUGAUGUCUUUGCAGCCUCCAAGAUGUUGAAGGUGAUCCUGAGGUGCUCUGUUAUAGACGUCACCAAGGUGCCAGAAAUCAUCCAGUUAAUUUACUACCACGUAGAAAGAAUCACUGACAAAAAUGUCCAGAACACUAUAAAGAAGAUCUUCCAAUUGCUGGUCCAUUCCCACACCGAUGAGGUUAUCCUGACGCUGUUAAAAAUGGAGGACCAGUCACAAAGAGGGACACACAAAUCCUGGGAGAUCCUGGCUUCCUUCCCGAAAGGCUAUGAAGUGAUCAUGGAGUAUCUGCUGCAGAGGAUAAUUUCACCUCAGGCACCUGAGGACCAGAAGGCUGACCAGAAAACAGAGCUCUCAACACUGACUGCCACCAGGGCCAUCCACGAGAUGCUGCUGGUACCGAGUCAGCAGUCAGAGGUGCAGACCUUCUUCGCCUCCCUGUUUGUGGCACUGCUUUUCCAAAUCUCUUCCCUGGUGACUAAAGGGAGCACCAUGGCCCAGGAUGAGCAGCAUGAAACUGAAUCCGUGAACCCCGUGAGUUUUUCUCUAGAGGCAUUGAAGACCUUAAUGCGCAGCUCGGGGUACAUAGAGCACUUGUCUUAUAUCCAGACACUUGGGGUCUGGGACCUGCUUGUCAGCCCUGAAAAACAUUAUGACGGAGUCACUCUGCUGGCCAGAUCCCUGGUCGUCAAGAAAUGCUGGCACAACCGCCCUGUUUUCAGCUUCUUCAUUAAGACUCUCCAAAGCCGAGGCUGCACCAAUUACUUCACAGCCCUGGUGUUUCUGACUGAGCUGCUCUGCUGUCCAGAUGUGGCAGGGGUUGUGGAUGAAGUUGCCACCAGGAUUCUGGCAGACUGGUUCAACUGUGACGAGUUAGCCACGGCGCUCCAAUUCCUGCAGAUCACAGAAGUCUAUACAAAGCACAAAAAUACGAUAAGGCACCUCCACAUCCUGCAGCCCUACGUGCUGAGAUGCUGUUACUCGUUCAGCAGUGACCUGGUGAUGGAGACCUUCCGUAUGUUGCAGCGCAUCCUCAAGGACCUCACCUGGCAUCACUCCUCCUCCUUCGUCCUUAAGCUGAUCUUCACUCUGGAACACUUCUUUGAGGAGGAGUCAGAGCAGCUGCGUCUGGUAGUCUUCGAGAUCUACGCAAGUAUCCUGGCUAAGGUCUCGAGGAUGACCCUUGUCUUUCCCUUGAGGCACCAGAUCCUCAACUUGCUAGUCCUCCUUGUGUUACACCUGAAGGAUGUAAAUGCCGCCGUGGUGGAGGUCUGUAGGCUCAUCCUCUGCAACAUAGCUACCAUCCUGCACUGGUCCAAACUCAAAAAGGUCUUCGCCAAGAGUGACGUAUUCACCAUCCUUGGUGCCCUGUUAAGACAGGAAAAGAGCAAGACGCUCUGGUUUCUGAAGCAGUGUGUGGCUCUCUUCAAGAGUCCGCAGGGGCCCAUCCGCCAGGUGGCUGUGUGGUUUGCAGGACAGAUCAUCUGGAACCUUGACAAGGCUGAGGAACAGGAAAUUGAAGAGGAAUAUGCAGCCUUCAGGUAUAUGCAGAAAGACCCUGACCCCAUAGUCAGCUGCCUCACCGUGCAGACUUUCUACAUCCUAGAAGCCAAGGAGAAGGUGAUACCAGUUGAGACCCCGUCCUCCUGCCUCUGCAUGAGGAGGAGGACCAAAUGGAGAUACUGCUGAGCCCGCACGCUAGGGUUCAAGAUGAAGCGCACCAUCAACACUGUGUCAGCAGGCUAACCCUUGAGUCCUGUACUAGAAAUGGUGUGUCCCUGCGGAACUCUGCUAAUAAAAAAAAGAUACCGUGA